AUGGGUUCGAAGGACGUAACUUCAGGCUUUUAUGGCGAUGUGCCUUACUGUAGUCCUGUAGAAAGUAGUGUCUUUUUUGACACAAUUACGGCCUCGAGGAUGCAUCGUCUUCCGGAGGCCAUGAUUGCAAGGGCUGAUUUGGCAUUGUUUUUUACGGAGGGUAAUACUUUUUUUCACAAUCUGAUUAUUGGACUAGAAAAAGAGGUUAAUAGUAAAGAGUCUUGCCCAGAGGGAGGAUGUGGUUUUGAGUUUCUAGAUAUUAUUCCUCGCCUGUUUCAUUCUCCCUCUGCUUUACGACUCGUGCGGGAAAGUGAAGACGGCAAUUGUUUUGUGGUGAUUGAAUCAAAAAACAUUAGUAAUAUGGGCGGUGUUUUUGAUGGUGGAAAAGAGGAUGAGUCAAGUGUUUAUACCGUUGUUUCAUUGGAUCUUAGAGGGAUAGAUUGUAUGUGGCAAUCCCUUUUGAGUUAUCUUUUGGGAGGUACAUCUGAAAAGAAUAUGGUAUACAUCCUACCAAAUAUUAAUUUUCAUCUUCAGAAAGGGAAUUCAUACGGCGAGUUUUUGGUUUCCCUAUGGGCAUUAGUUGUAUCAUCUGUACUUCACUACUUUGCUUCGUUUGCUAUUGAUUCCAUACGUCAGAGACUCAAUAAGGUGACUAUUCGAAUUGGUGUAUUGGAGGGACAUGAAUGCGAUAAUAUAUUGGAUGAUGUCCAGCUGUUUUUUGAGAACAAACUAAGGAUUUGCGUGCAUCGAGUAUUAAAUACCGAGACUUUGACAAAUAACCCAUGUAUCGUUGAUUUAGCAUGUGAUACAGCGGCAGAAACAUAUGAGGAAUGGAUUGAGAAAGCCACAGAACUAGUUGUGGGCAUUCAUGAAGAAUUAUGCGAUACUGGUGAAGAGGAACCAAGCAGAGGUGAUACUAAUUUGCGAUGUAUCUUAUUUGUGGUACCAGAGAUGGAAUUACUGCGAAAAGAUCUACAAAGGCAUUUGUGUGACAGUUAUACAUCCACUCCAAUUAUGGUUGUAUCAAGCGAGAAAGAAAUUCACGAACUGUUACUUUCACAUAGUCGAAGUAUCCCAAUUGUUUAUUUUUGUUCUCAAAAAAGUCUUAAGAAACAGCUGUUGAAGCCAGAGCAUGAGCGGUACUUAAAUCAUUUAUCUGUAGAGGCUCUUCUUUAUGGUGAGAAAAACAGAGACGGUCGAGAUUUUGCGCUUAUUCGCAUGCUUGUUCCUGGAAGUCCAUCACCUAAGCUAUUACCAUAUCCAAUAUUUGUUUCUACUAACGCGGAUGAGGGAGGUGACGAAACAAGUCAACUGGACGAUGACUGUCUUCAAGAGGCAAUAAAUAUUACCUUGUGGUUAUUUAGACGGUUCAAAUUGGAGACCUGCCGAAAAGGGAUACAACCUGUUUUAAGUAUAUCUGAGAUGACUUUUAUAUCACGGGGUGCGGCGGCAGUGUUUGAAAAAGUGAUGAAUUCAAUGAUGAUGUCUGGGUUGGUUUCUUUUUUAAAGUUGUCAGAUGAAUCACACUUGAUUCGUUUAGAAGUUUUGGGACGAGCACUUUCUUAUCGAUUUCGGUUGCCAUACAGGCCAAAGUUUCCUGAAUUUACAUUAUUUGAUGUUAAAUGCAUUUUUUGGUGCUAUGCAUUUAGGCAGUCUAGGGAGACUGCUCUAAAAUUGAUAUCUGAUGCCCACUUUUUUCCAAUAUGGGUGGAGGAUGCAAUGAAUAAUUUCUGCUUUCAGUACCGAAUACGCUUAGAAAAUGAUAUUGGUACUGAAAGGGAAGCUCUUGUUAGGGAGUUAUCUUUAAUUCCGAAAUUCAAUGAAAUAAAUUCACGGGUGAAGAAUUUUCUAACGCAUUCAUCAGGAGAAAGACUACCGAUAUCAAGACAUUUUGCUUCUGCCCCUUCAACUUCUUGUCGGGGUUGGUUUGAACAGGCACCACUUGGUACGAGUGCUGAAUCAAUACCAAAACCCCAUGUAAACGUUUAUUGUUACCCGUCGCAAAACGAAUUAUGUGAGAUUCGUUUUGGAGGUAAUACACUACAAUGUCCUCUUGAUCUUUCGUAUCCCUUGAUAAUAACACACAUUGUUCUGCACACAACUCUAUGGAACAAUGGUAUUAUUCUAGAGAGCGAUCGCGAUACUGGUUUGGCGGCACCUUUACCAAUACCAUUGACAGUCCUUAAUUCACCAACACUAAACUCUUUCUUGGAAGAUGUUGUUGAUGGAAAGGCGGGAUUCUGGUUGGAUAACUUCAUGAAUUCUACUCCCUCACUAUCAGAUCCCUUAGAACUUGCAUCUUUGAUGGCGAAAACAUCUUCUUUACUAGGAAUUUGUGAUCACAAGGCUUUGCGCCGAAAACGAAAUCGAGUAGAUUUGGCCUUAAAACAUCAAAAAAACGAAGCGAAGGAAGCAUCUCUGCCACUGUCUGAAACUGAGGCGGCAACUAUUAGGGAAUUUGCCAAUGCAGCUAUAAAGCUCGGUCGUGAAAAGACGGAAAAACGUUUUAAAGGAGUGAAGGGGUUUGCAUUUUUGGAUCCUUCACAUAAAAAUUAUGCGUACUACCUUCAUAUUUUGGAACAAUCCAAUUCGUAA